CUGGACGCUUUGUCUGCUCUUUUGCUUUCAGGCGUUAAUGGGUCUUUUAAAGCCUUCAGCAGAUCGUUGUCCAGCGACGCCGACAACAAUAUCAGGUUCCCUUGCCCGAAUCACAACUGCGGUCGCGCCUUCAACUGGAAGAGGAACCUGACGCGGCACCUGAAGUACGAAUGUGGUCUUCAACCGCGCUUCAAAUGUCCCUAUUGUGAUUAUUACGGCAAACUCAAGGGCAAUGUCAGCAAGCAUCUCCUCCGCAGGCACAAUACCCGGAAGAUUUACGUCGUCGAUCUGUCCCAAGGGACAUCGUGAGCGCUCCACUUAACCGCGCGUCUUUCGUUUGCCGACAAAUAAAGAAACCUGCCUGUUUUUAUGGGUUCGUGAAUCUAUGCGACUUCGGCUUUGAUCUGUAUUUCUUUGUCUAAUCGUCUAUCUCUGUCUCUUCGAAUUGCAAGGUAAUCCUAUCAAUCGCAUUACUGCAAUGCCGACAGUUUGUUCAAGUCUGUUAGAAGCUAUAUAUAUACGCUUUCGAGUAAAAAUUGUAUUUAGAAAUACGCAAAAAUAUUAACAUGAUUACAUGAAUAAAUACAUAAGAACAAAUGCACAUUUGCGUUUUAAUCGCUUCACAGCUUGGUGAGAAAAUUGCAUGUGUAAUACUUAUAACAGUAUGUAUGGAACGUCUGGUCAAAAUAAAAUGGAGUAUCUCAGACGAACAAGAACUUUUAAAGACCAAGAAAUUGCGAUUGCAGUUUCGAAAAGGAAAAAAGAAAAUUCUCCCAGAAUAGGAUCUUGUUUGAAUUAAUUAUUUGCGAUUUUACGCAUGAAUAUUGGCGUUUUUUCUCAUUCCGAGGUUUCAAAAAUGAUUAUCGGCACGAGUUCUGCCUUUUCGCACGCGUCUAAGCGAGCAUCUCUGGAGCAUUUUUUCACGCACGAGUCAUUACUGUUUCAGAUAACAGAGUACGCAUGGCUUAUCUUCGCAAAAAGAGAACACGAAGAAACGUCCAUUUUUCGUGUCCUAAUUCGAAUUGCCGGAAAGUCUUCGGGUGGAAAGAAAGUCUGCAGAAACAUCUUCGCUACCAAUGCGGCCAGAAGCCCAGGUUCAAGUGUCCCUACUGCGACUAUAUAUGCAAGUUGAGGCCCGACAUACGGAAGCACAUUCGAGCCAAGCAUCAGAAUAGCUAUGUCUAU